UCGAUGAACCUACCACACUGCUCAAUCAGUCAUCAGUUGGAUACGGUUGGUUAUUAUAGAAUUGGAUGACUUUGUAUCGGUCUCGCGCGGCUAAUAUGAGCAGAUUACGGUUUGACGUGUCGGUCUGGGUCAUGGUGACCAUGUGUGUGCUUAGUGCCAGAAAUUGUUGGGCUCAAGGAGAAUAUGACCCAAGCUAUUGGAACCAGCAGGCGCACGAUCUCUUAUUUGAGAAAAAGGAUUAUACGAUGCAAAAAGUUAACAUUGCCAAAAAUAUAAUCGUAUUUGUCGGAUCCGGAAUGUCCCAGGCAACCGUCACCGCCGCCAGAACUCAUAAAGGAGGCGAAAAUGCUACGUUCCCGUUCGAGCAGCUCAAAUGGAGUGGUAAUGCCCGGACAUAUUGCGUCGAUAGUAGGGUGCCGGAUAGUGCUUGCGCCAGCACAGCGUUUUUGACCGGAGUGAAAGGUAAUCUGGGAACGGUUGCAGUUCAUCCCACCGUGAAACGAGGAGAAUGUGUCGCUACCAGUGAUAAGGUGAAGCAGUUGGAAUCUAUUGCCAAAUGGGCGCUCGCAGAAGGACGUGUCGUUGGUUUUGCCACGACAUCACGAGUUACCGACGGCUCCAACGCUGCUCUAUACGCGCACUCUGCCGAUAAAGACUGGGAAAAUGAUGCCUCUGUCACUGCAGCUGGAUGCAACGCCACUCAGGUUAACGAUAUUGCCUAUCAACUAAUAAAUGGAGAUGUUGGAAAGCACUUUAAGGUAAUCUUCGGAGGUGGACGCAAAAAUUUUAUUCCAAACACCGAAACCGAUGAAAGCGGCGCUCGUGGUUUGCGUACCGACGGCAAAGACCUUAUCAAAGAGUGGAAAGAAUCCAAAACCGGAAACGCAGUCUACAUCACCACCAAUAGCGAACUGGGUGCGCUGAAUACAACCAACAUCGACUAUCUGAUGGGGCUGUUCAGUUACGAUAGGCUGCCGUAUGCCGCUGACAUGGGCGAAGAACCGAACAAGGAGACUCCCCCCUUGGUGAGGAUGGUUCACUAUUCGUUGGAGAUGUUGCAGAAAAAGGAGCACUCGGGUGGUUUCUUGCUUUUCGUGGAGGACGGUAACAUUCAGGAGGCGCACAAGGAGAACAAACCGAUCAAGGCAUUCGAGCAGGUCAAACACUAUGCUAAUGCUUUCAAUAUGGCCCACAUGAUGGUGUCGGAAGCGAACACGUUGCUCAUUUCGAUGAAUGAUGUCGGAAGUACGCUGUCCAUUCCAGGAUACCCGGCACGUGACACGGACAUACUGACCGAGGCCGGUACAAGUGACAAGGAUUCCAAACCAUACCUUAGUCUUGCUUACGCUACGGGGCCUUCAUACGACUCGUAUUACCAACCAAACGAGGGCCGCGUUAAUCCGCUUGCCGUGCUGCAAGGCACUCCGACGCAGAAGGAGCAGACAUGCAGCGCUGCCGUUCCAAUGAGCGAGGGUGUCAACGGUGGCGAAGACGCUUCCGUCUAUGCUACCGGGCCAUGGGCGUUCAUGUUUUCCGGUGGAUACGAGCAAAACUUCAUUGCCCAUGCCAUCUCGUUUGCCUCUUGUAUCACGGACGUGUGUGGAGGCGCAUCGAGCGUGGUGGUUUCUAGCGCGGCCUUGCUUUUGGCGUUGAUGGUGCGAGUUUUUGCCUAAUGAAAGGAUGGUACGAAAAGACCACAACUACAAAGUCCACUAGAUGAAACGAAAGUUGACUCCACUUAAUUAGGUAGUAUUUUUUAAAUUAUUGGGAUUGUAACUCUACAAGCAUCUGAUUCCACUCCACUUACUAUUUAGGUACUAUUAUUCAUGUGAAAUAAAGGAGAAGCUACAAAUAAAAUAUGUUGCAAAUUA